AUGAAAUAUAAGAAAGGAACUAAGGUGGAGGUAUUGAACAAGAGAGAAGUCCCUUCUGGUUCAUGGUGGUGUGCUGAAAUCAUCUCGGGUAAUGGGCAUACCUAUAGCGUCAGGUACGAUCCAUCUCCAUCUGGAAUGUCUGAACUUGUGGAAAGAGUUCCGAGGAAGGUUAUCAGGCCCUGCCCUCCAUCAGUUCAGGAUCCUAUCACUUGGAUGUCGGGUGACAUCGUUGAGGUUUUUGAUAAUGGGUCGUGGAAGCUUGCUGAAGUGUGCAGCACAGUUGACGGAAAUUGCUUUUCUGUUAGAGUCCUCGGAUCAUCUAGGUUAUUCAAUGCCGACAAAUCUGAUAUCAGACUCCGUCAAUGCUGGAAAGAUAACCGAUGGAUUGUGAUCGAAAAGGUGAUGUUUUUGAUCUCAGAUUAACUUUUGGAUUUUAAUUCUGUUUUUUUCAAUCAACUAUGCAUGUCACUUGCAAAAAUGAUACAUGAAAAAUUUCUAACGCUUGUGCCAUUCAAUACUGGAUUUUUGGGCCUUUUAUCGUUCUAAUUGCCGUUAUUUUAUUGUUUCAGGAUGUACGAAGUUCUGAAAGUGCGAAGCUAUUAAAUGGUAGGUGCCAGAAGAGGGUGAGCUGCCAAGGAACCAGUGGAUCCGUGAGAGCAGAAAAUUGUGAGGAAACUACCACUUAUGAGGAGCCUAAAUUGAUGUCAAUCGGAGGAAAGAGGAGAGGAUCGCAACAACACCCAUUUUUUCACGAGUCCCGUGGUAAAGUUAUCAAGAAGAUGAAAGCCAAUGGCACAGAAAAUAAAUGGCGGCAUUUCUGUGCGGAAAAACCACAUUCUAUACCGGAAAAGGUAGAUGCUGUUGCUUCCCCAAAAAUAAUGCUGGGAGAAACAAACAUGCAUGCUUCCUUGAACAACGGAAUGGGAUUUUCCAACUCGGAAAUGCGGGGAAGAAGACCAAAUGGUGAUGUUAGUCGUUCCUUUACCACACCCAUUGAGCCAGAAAACAGAAGUGCAUCCGUUUGUAGUUCUAGUGGUAGUAAUGACUUGGAUAUGUUAUAUUCUUAUCCUUUAUCUGCUGUCAUGUUAGAUGGAGGUGGCCUCUUAGAUGAUGCCGACUCUACUAGUUGGUCAAAAUUUUAG